CUCUGGUCUCGGCUGUGCGUUCUUCAGUGUCGGGUGGAGUCUACAUCCCGUCGCAGCUCUGCGGGGAAGGAGGAGGCCUGUGUGGGUGUUUUUACUUGUUUUUUCUCUCAGUGACUAUUUGGUUGAAGUACCUGCAUCAAGAUGACGACGACAACCACCUACAAAGGGAUGGAGCCCGGGUCUAAAAGCAGCUCCAGGGUGCUACGGCCGCCCGGCGGGACCUCCAGCAUUUCCUUCGGCACAGACGACAACUCGACUCCCCGCAAGGACAAGAUGGCCUCCAGCAUCUUUGCAGAGCCUGAAGACCUCCAUGCUCAUCGGAGGAACAAUCCACCCACUGGGGAAGCAGCAGGAACCCUGUGCGGAGAACCCUCAGCCCCACUGAGGCGAUGCCAGCAGCCUCUCCUCUUCCCCAAGAACCCAGAGCCGGAACUGAUCACCAUCCACAACUCCGGGGCCGCCUUGGUCUGGAACCAGAGACGAGAGGUUGAAAAUGGCCAAGAACCAGCAAAUACUGAGUAUCCUGACGGUGUGGAGGUGGAGCAGCAGGAGGAGCAAGAGCAGCUGAAGGAGACGACACAGCCCUCCGCCCCGUCGGGAGAUGCCAACGCUGCCGCCGGCGGCCGAAGAAACCCACCUGGUGGAAAGUCCAGCCUCAUCCUGGGUUGAGACCACUUGUUUUUUUGUUUGUUUUUUUCAUUGGAACGCUUUUUUAUUUUUUAAAAGAUAAAUACCCCCAUCACUCUCUUCCUCCUCAUCAGACUUGUCACCUUCUCUCCUGCUUCACAUGCACUCACCGCCGUCACGUCCAUGGACCCCUUGUGUCCUCUCCCUUCCACCCUUAAACCUUUUGUUUUGAUCCUUUUUUCUAUUAAAAUAAGAAAACUGUUGACAAAAGCACUUUAUGUAUCUCUCUCUCUCUCUCUCUCUCUCUCUCUCUCUCUCUCUCUCUCUCUCUCUCUCUCUCUCUCUCUCUCUCUCUCUCUCUCUCUCUCUCUCUCUCUCUCUCUCUCUGUCUCUGUCUCUCUCCCCCCUCUUCCAUUUCAGCCCAUCCUGUAGUGCAUCUCGCCUGCUGGGAAAGGCAUGACGUUUAGCUUGUCCCCCAUUCUUCCCUGUUGUAAAUGGUAAAGGAAAAAAAUAAUAAAAAAGAUUUGAUGCGUGGAUUUCUAAAUACAAUAAAGAUUGA